UGGGUAAGAAGCUCCCUGGGUUUUGUUUCGAAUCCUGGUUGUUGUUUUUCCUGCUGGCAGCAAUGAGGGACGAUGCCGGUUGUAUUUCUUACUGGUGAGCGAAGCCCUCCAGCUCUGCAUCCCUGGUGGGGCGACCCCCAGACUGCUGGGGGUCUGCGCUUCCACUGAGGCGGGAACGGAGAGGGCACCCUGCCCGGGAGCCGCUGAGAUCUACUGCCCAGCCACAUCGCUUCCCACCAGGGGCCACCGAGACCAGACGCUUUUGCAUGAAGCCUGGGGGAGGUGUUUCGGAUGAGGCUCCUGGUGGCUUGGCUGUACCAUGGGCACGAAGCAGACCAAAGGAUGCCAGCCUCCUGGUGCAGGGGAGAGCCCCCAGUCGCACAAUCCAAGCUCCCGCAAGAAGAUGCCAGCUAGGAACCGGGGAGACUUCCUAGCAUCCUUCAUGGUGAAGUCCAGUGAUAAGUUUGGGAAGAGUGGUGGCAACUUGCCCCCUUAUCACCGGCGGAUCAGUAUGGUCCAGGACAUGCUGCUGCUAGUGAAGCAAGGGAAACAGGAUGAGGCAACUGAACUGCUGCAACACCUGCGACAGGACUUAGGCAUGGAAUCGACCUCUCUGGAUGAUGUCCUGUAUAGAUAUGCCAGCUUCCGAAACCUGGUGGAUCCAAUCACCCAUGACUUGAUCAUCAGUCUUGCUAGAUACAUCCAUUGCCCCAAACCGGAGGGAGACUCGUUUGGAGCCAUGGAGAAGGUCUGCAGGCAGCUGAUCUAUCACCUUAGCCCUCACUCGCAGUGGAGACGCCAAGGGAUCAUGAAGAGGAAGCCGCAGUCCUGCUUGAAAGCUAUCCUGGUGGGGACGCCUCCAAACAACACAGUAGAUCUCUCUGGCAUCCCUCUGACACUGAAGGAUUUGGACCGCAUCAUCUCAUACCUCCAGCACAGCUCAGAGCACAUUGACAAUGUGGAGCUGUGCUUCACGGAGCUGACUGACGAGAUGUUCCUUCAACUUCUGCCCAUCCUCAGUGCCCUGCCUCACCUCACCACUCUCUCCCUGAAUGGCAACAGACUCACCAAAGCAAUUCUUCGGGACCUGACAGAAACACUGAAGGACCCCAAGAAGUUCUCCAGCGUGACGUGGAUUGAUCUGGGCAACAACGUGGAUAUCUUUUCUUUGCCGCAGCCCUUUUUGGUCAGCCUCAAGAAACGAUGUCCCAAGCAAGGCAACUUGCCAACCAUUCUGGAGUUCGGGGAGGGCCAGAUGAGUGACUUGGAAAGCCAAGAGGGCCUGGCGGAGAGUCAAGAGGAUCUGUGCUCAGCCGACGAAGAUGAAAACCAACCUGACAAGAUCAACAAUGCAGGCACCAGACGGCAGAUGACAGAGAGAACAAUUGAGGUUGGGACGCUGACAAAUAAAUGUGACUCUGAGCAGGAACCUGCUUGUGAGGCAGCUCAGACAUGAUGUUCAGCUGUGUGUCAGGUGGCUGGAUACUUUGAAAAGAGACGCUUUAAAACUGACACCUCACCUAUGAAGGUUCUUAUUAAGUGUUGAUUUACAUGUUCAGAUGUCUACACAAUCAAUGCUUUGAGACUUUAGACUGUUGCCUCAGUUUCCGCUCAUCAUAUGAAUGUCAACCCAUUUUGUUUCAUAGAGAACAUAAAAAUGUGAUCAAGUUGUAUACUUACCUUUUAUAAAGCUGGCCCCGUAUUUUUAAACAUUAGCAAUGAGCUGUGCUUUCUCUCUCUC